UCCUCCCUCUUCUGUAACUUCCUGAAAACGCUUUCCAGUAAAAAUGUGACGAACAGUUCCCUUUUCACAAACUCUUCGCCCUGCGAAGUGAAAUGUAUUUCAUUUUAGCCUGAAAUACAUUUUACAUUUCUACAUCUGCCACUGUAGGAAGUUUCUGAGGGAGUUUCACUAUGAGGCUGUGUGGACUGCUAUUGAUUCUAUCCUUGGUUCGGGCUGAAACUGUGGUUUCUUCCCAUGGAAUUGAUCCGAUCUGCCAAAAGAUCGUCUCCUGUGAUGAGGUAGGACACUAUAUAUGUGAGAUCAUUGACAGGAAUGGUGACUGUCAGGAAUAUGAGUGGGAAAAUUCAACGGCUCCUGAAAGCUUUCGUGAAUUGACAGAGAUCUACUGCAUUGUCUAUAAGUCAAAUCAGUUAAACUGCUCCUGGAGCACAGAUAUGAUUCCUGAAGAUGCACAGUAUUCUGCUUUUUACCAUUCAUGCCACUAUAAUAAGAACAACACAAACCAUCCGUUAAACUGCUCCUCAACCAGCGACGGAAAAAGAGUUGAGUGCCAUGGUGAAAUUGUUCAUUCUGAACAUGUGAUGGUUGAAGUCAAGGUUUCCAUUUCUGGUCACUCGUUCAUUCUCUGCAACACAUUUAUGCGUGUAGAUAUCGAGAUAUUAGAACCACCCACAAACAUAACUGCCUUCAUAGAGUCAGAAAACCUGGAGAUUGAGUGGUCACCACCAACUGAUGGUGCUGCAAGAGACUGUUUUGAUUAUGAGCUAAACAUCAAUGAUGACAUUGUCAACAUCCCUGAAAAAUCAAAAUAUACUAAACAAAACAUUGACCUAACAAAGACCUACAGCAUUAAAAUAAGAGCACAAUGGAAUCAUUGUGCCAAUAAUGAUCGCUGGAGUGACUGGAGUGAAAUCAAGGUGGUUGGCCCGAGUAAAAAUCUGCACACGCUCAACUGGUAUGUGAUUGCCUCCAUCGCGCUUGUGCUUCCAAUGAUUCUUCUGGCAAUUCUUCUAGUCUUCAAAUUCCAAAGGUUGACUGAAAAGCUGUUCCCAUCCAUCCCCAGCCCAUCUGUAAAGGUCAAAAUGCUUCUUGAAAAAGAGGAUUUCGGUCAGGUCAUGCCUCCGAAACAAUGUGGAGGUGAAGCUGAAGAAGGGACAAACAUAUUGCAUGUGACAAGUUAUAAAGAUUAAAGUUCUCAAGAGGAAGAAAUUAAAUUCUAUAAAACAUGGAUUAUAGUUACUGCCAAAAAAAACUACACAAACGGACAAUGUGUUUUCAUGGCUUAAGAGCAAAAGCAGAGUGAACCAUACUAUGAAUUUAAAGAAUGAAAGUCUAGUGCUUUAAUGCAGUGAAGAGAAGUGUGGUGUGUGGAAAAUCAGUGUGGUUUUUAAUGCCUGACCAGAGAGGAGGGGUUGUUUGCAUGUGCGCUCUAGUGCAAAAACAGUAGACUUACAGGGUGAUGAUACAAAAUCUUACAUAGUUUUCGCUGGGGCUGAAUGCUAAUAGUGCUUGAUUGAAAAUACUAAAACUUAUCUCAUGUAUAUUUUAUACUUACAACAAUAUAAAAACAUAUAUAACCAAAUAUAAAAAGUAAUAAUGUUUUUCUACACAGUUCUACACAAAAAGUUGCCAAACUGUCACUGACGUGCCCUUUUUGAGUCACUUUUGUGUAACUUUAAGUACAUUCAGUAUAUUUAGUUUGAGAACAUAACUGUACACCUGUGUGCACCUUGUUUUGAUGAAAGUACUUUUGUAAUUUUGUUAGUAAAAGUAAAAGUAAUGCACCUUUAAGAUCACCUUUGCACCUUCAAGUAAUGCACCUUUGGAAGCACAACUGUGGACCUUUAAGGUCAGUUUCCCAGACAUGGAUUAAGCCUAGUUUUAGCCUAGUUUUAUACUGUCUGGGAAACAGUUGUCCCUCUGAGUUUGGUCCUGUACAGUAUUUUAUUUCAGACUGUUCUGGAAAAAAAUAACACCUGUAUUAUUGUAAUUACAUCAUUUAUCAAGUUGUUUCUUUGUUUUAGUGCUUUGUUUUAGUUUAAAUGCUAAUGUACUGUACUUAUUUAUUAGCUGCAUAAAACUGCUACUGUUGCUGACUGACUGGCUUUCCGAAGCUCCUCUAGAUAUCAUAUAUUUAUCUCUGUAAGCAUGUGACAGAAAGGCACUCAUUCUUUUUAGGGCAGUUGAUCAUUUUAAAUGGGUACUUUCCAUUGUGUGUUCAUUGCAAUCUGCAAAAUUCUUAGUUUGUUUACAUUGUAAGUUAAUUUGUCCCAUGAUUACAAACUAAAAUAUGGUUUUGUGUACCUUUUAGACUUUGACAUUUUGUAAAAUAUUUUGUAAACUUUUAUACAGAAAUGUCUCUUUUUAUUAGUUAAUGAUUCAUGUGUUUUAUAUUUAGUUUCCACAUUUAUUUUUGAAGUUAAAAGACCAAGCUAAAAAACUGUAAUAGAAAGCCUCUAAUCACUGUUUUCUCAAUAAUCUUAAUAUAAUAAUCUUGUGGUCUGUCAGUAGUAUCAGGUAGGCCUAAUACAAUGUUCUGACUAAGAUACUUUUAUCCUGUGCUUAUUUUAAUUUUUUUUUAUCACAUUUUGUGGCAUGUAUUUUUUCAUUUUAUACAAAUACUGUAAAGCAAAUGUGUAUUUUUUCAAGAUUUACUCUUAACCUGUAAAGUACUUUUCGUACAUUUUACACAGUUUGAUGCAGGGGGUGGGUUAAGUUGUGGUAAAAUCACACACAAAUAAUUAAAAUAAAUUAUAUUUUCCUUCAGGUCAAUAA